AUGAAACAUUGGAAAAAAUUAUUUCCUAAUAAAGAAGGCUUUAUAGUUUUCUCACUAUAUAUUAUAUUAUUUGUGUUUCAAGGUGUUUUUAUAACAGCGUCUAAGACUGAAAAUGGCGUAUAUGAUUACAAUACAACACUGGUUGUAUUUCUUUCUGAGUUAUUAAAACUUGUAAUUUCAGCAUUUUUAUAUACUUGCAAAAGAGAGAAUAAACCCAAUAUUUUUAAAGCUGUGAUUAUUGAUCACAAAUUAUUGCUGUACUACUUUAUACCAUCCCUUUUAUAUUGUUUUUACAAUAAUUUGGCAUUUAUAAAUUUGUCACAUUAUGACCCAACUACUUACUACAUUUUGCUGCAGUUUAGAGUUGUAUUAACAGCAUUUAUUUUUCAGUUCUUAUUUCAGAAGAAAUUGACUUUCAUGCAAUGGAUCUCCUUGGGAAUUCUAACUUUUGGCUGCAUGAUAAAAAACUUUGAUGCUGCGUCAGUUAAUGAAAAACAAGAUUCUGAUCUUUGGUCUCAAAUAUUUAAUAUAUAUUUUUUGUCAAUUAACUUCCAAAACUUUUGUUCCUGUUUAGCGGGCACAUAUAAUGAAUAUUUGCUUAAAACUGUAGGAUCUAAUGUAGAUAUAUUUUUGCAAAAUGUUUUCAUGUACCUGGACUCAGUUCUAUGUAAUUUCUUUAUAUUAAUGUUUAAGGGAGAGCUAGGUACAAUAUUUCAAGAUAUUGAAUCGUUAAAAGAUAUAUUUGUGAUACUUAUUACCGUUAACAGUGCAAUAGUAGGUAUAGUGACUAGUUUCUUUUUGAAGAAUUUAAAUUCUAUUUUAAAAACAUAUGCCAGUGCUUUAGAAUUGGUUAUAACUGCAGUCGUUUGUUAUAUUAUUUUUAAUAUAGUAAUUACCUGGUAUACUGUGACAUCGAUAUGCCUGGUCAGUAUUUCAGUUGCCAUGUACUUAAAAAAUCCAGUUAAUAAUACAAACUCUAAUCAAAUUGUUUCAAUGGAUAAAACACCUCUUCUAGAUGUUGUGGCAGAG